AAGAGCGCAUGCGCUAUGUAUCUGCAUUCUGCUUAUGGCUUAUGGAAUUUUAUGUGCUUCGGCCUUAAGUAUGAUAAGCUCUGUGAUAAGUAUCCUGAUUACGAGAAAAAUAAUAUUCAGAUGUCAGAAAAACGACCAGCUCUCAUUUUUAAAGUAAUUACUGAAUGUCAAACAACUAAAGCUAGAGUUGGUAAAAUGACUGUUCCACAUCAUACUGUAGAUACACCGGUUUUUAUGCCAGUAGGAACUAAGGGUACUUUAAAAGGUAUAUUGCCUGAGCAAUUGAAGCAAUUAAAUUGUCAAAUAAUUCUUGGUAACACAUAUCACCUGGGAACUAAACCAGGUAUAGACAUUCUACAGAAAGCAGGAGGUUUACAUAAAUUCAUGAAUUGGGAUAGAGCUCUGUUGACUGACUCUGGUGGUUUUCAAAUGGUGUCUUUACUGAAGUUUGCUGAAAUUAAUGAACAGGGUGUGAAGUUCAUAUCACCAUAUGAUGACAGUGAAUGUAUGUUGACACCUGAAUACUCCAUUAAAAUUCAAAAUACGAUUGGUGCUGAUAUAAUAAUGCAGCUUGAUGAUGUCAUUAAAACAACUACAACAGGUACAAGAGUUGAAGAGGCAAUGCAUAGAACUACAAGAUGGUUAGAUCGAUGCCUUUCUACACACCAAAAACCAAAUGAACAAAGUAUAUUUCCAAUUAUGCAGGGAGGCUUAAAUGCAGAACUUAGAUCAGAAAGUGGUCUUCAAUUAACACAGCGAAAAGUAAAUGGUUAUGCAAUAGGAGGAUUAAGUGGCGGUGAGAGCAAAGACGAUUUUUGGAAAAUGGUAAAUGUCUCGACUAAUAUACUUCCAAAGGAUAAACCUAGAUAUUUAAUGGGUGUAGGAUUUGCUGUCGAUUUAAUCGUUUGCAGUGCAUUAGGUGUGGAUAUGUUUGACUGCGUAUUCCCAACAAGAACAGCGCGGUUUGGAUGCGCUUUAGUGCUAACUGGUCAACUCAAUUUGAAACAAGGUCAAUAUGGCAAUGAUACAGCACCGAUAGACGAAUUCUGUAAUUGCAGUACUUGUAAAACAUAUUCUCGAGCGUAUCUUCACCAAAUCGUAACGAUGGAAACAGUGGGGUGUCAUUUAUUAAGCGUUCAUAACAUUGCAUUUCAAAUGAGGUUAAUGCAAAACAUUAGAGAAAGCAUAAAGAAAGGCGAAUUUCCACAGUUUGUUCAACAGUUUAUGUUAAAAGUGUAUCCAACAAAGGAGUAUCCUUCAUGGAUAGUUGAUGCUUUACAGGCAGUAAAUAUAUAUUUAGCAUAAAGUAUAUUUUAUCAAUAGUUAUAUGUAUUUAAAUUUAUUGUAAGAAAGGUGAACAGCUAAACAUAGUAUAUUUCAUUGAAA